GUUCCUGGGGUCAGAGCUUCCGGCUGGGAGAUGAGGCGUUUUGGGGAUGGAUGCGGUGAUGGCUGCACAGCGGCGUGGAUGGAAUUCAUGCCACGGACUCCACCGACCCGUGACCACUGUAGUAAAUGUUACAUUUCACCGUAAUACAGAGAAGAAAAACCAGGCAGGCAGUGCCGGUGUUAGCGGAGGUGCUGCGUGCCCAUGGCAUCCUCACGGGGCAGGCGGUGCCGGUGUUAGCGGAGGUGCCGCGUCCCCAUGGGGCUCUCGUCUGACGCCUCUCACCAUGCCCAGCCCUCUUGUGGAUGGGCCUCUACACCAGGCCCGUCAUCUGUGGCCAUUGUACCUUGGCGAACAAGGACUGACCUGGAUGUUGAUGAUUUUCAGGUGAUCAUUUGGGCUGCAGUCACAGUGUGCACAUCACCCCAGCCAGCUCCCGGGCAGGGUCAGCAUGGGGUCUGGGAGUCACUCAGUGCUGAGGCUUCCUCUCCGAUCCCUCUUGGUUUAUGGCCUCCAGUAGGCUGGGGAAGGCCCCCAGGGUGGAGUCCCUCCUGCAGACACCCAGGAAGGAGGCGGCCUUGGCUUCUCAGGCUGCUGCACUCACCCUGGGCCGGGCAGUGCUUUGGGAGCCUGAGGCCACCUCCUAGCCAAGGGUCAGCCUGUGCCCAGCCCUCAGACCAGCGCUGCUUUGGAGGCAAAUGUGGCACCUGCACUGUGGUGUCUCCUGGCUUUCUGCGUUCUUGGGCUCUCUGCAGACACAGGUGUGGGGCACAGGCUCCCUGUCUGACCCAGGGCAGGGCAGGCCUGCUCUGCAAACCCCACCAUUGUCCAUGGCUUCUUGGUGGGCCCGGGCCCUUCCAGGCAAUAGUCCCUAGGCUCUCCCUUAUUUGGGAGGUGGCCUCCGGGCCUGGGUGAUGCUCUGGAGUUGGGUUCAGGCAAGGACUGAGACACCUGCAGGGGUCAUGGAGCUGGGAGGACAUCCACAGGGGUGACUGUGACCCGGGCGGUGGCCUCUUGGCUACUGGUGGGUCAGGACAUGGUGGACCUCAGCCUGGUGGAGCAGGGGCAGCUUGUGUGUAGGGACUGUGCCCCAGAGCACGGACCCAGGCAGACCCUGAGACACAGGGUGGGCUGCCAAGAGAUGGGACAAGGAGGGGAUGGGGGAGGGCUUCUGCGGGCCGUGCAGCUGUGCAGUGUCCACAUCCCCGGAGGGCAGUGCAUUGCCGUCCCUGAGCUUUUGGUUCUGAGUCACAGCUGCUGGAUGCGGUGAGCUCGGCAGACUGCCCCACGUCACUCACCCCUUGCUGGUGCCUGCCUCCUUGGUCCCGCAGCCUGGGUGGCCCUGUCCUUUGCUGGUAGAGAAGGUCGGUCCCCUCCUUGAUCCAAGCUGUCGGGGAACAAGGAGCUCCCAGGUAUCUGCGUCGCUCCUGGAUGUCGGGUCACUGGAACGUCUGUUGGGAGGUCCUUCUCAGCUUUCCUGGGGCCACAUUGAGGCUCUGGAGCAGGGACAGGAAGCGCCAGGGGUAGGGGGCGGGUUGCCACUGAGAUGGCACCAGGUCUCGAAUCACCCACCGUGUUUCUGGGCUGCUUGCUAGAGAACGUGAGGCUUCCAGCAACCCCGUCACCAGGCUCACCAUGGGGGGUUGAUGGGGCGUGUCGGCAGCGCUGUGCAUGGCUGGAGGGUCCCUGGUGUUGCAUGGCUGGGUAGCUCUGUGGUGUUGGGUGCAGGAGUUACCGCCGUCCCUGAUGCUGACGGGGUGGACUGUGGUUCCUUUUUUCACGGCUUGAGGGAAAGUGGUCUCCGGGCUAGGUAGGGGAAGUGGAUUAUGGACGAGGGGGCAGGCCCCAUCUUGCACCUGCGCAGGGAGCUCUGGUGGCUGUCUCCAGAGUUUGCAGCUGGAGGAGACUGUUUUCAGAGUCAGUCACGAGGGCUCUGUGCACCUCCUGUGCCGUGGGCUGAGGAGCAAAUCCGUUAUCCAGAAGGAAGCCAGUGCAGGCAACAGGACCACAAGGCCACAGAAGCCUGGAGCCAGAACCACCUGGCCGUGUUUGCAGCCAUCCACCCGCCGGCCCCCAGCGUGAGCUCCAGCGUGGCGUCCAGCCUGGCGUCCAGCGCCGGCUCUGGCAGCUCCUCCCCCACUGCGCUGCCCGCGCCCCCCGCCCGCGCCCUCCCGCUCAGCCCCGCUGGCAGCACCGUGGAGGCCGUCCUCGGUUCCGCGUUAGACCCACAUCUUAGCAAUGUGAAUAUUGCAUCCCUAGAGAAGGAUCUGGAAGAGCAAGACGGCCACGACCUGGGACCAGCAGGUCCCAGGUCACUGGCCGGCUCUGCGCCUGUUACCAUACCGGGCUCCCUGCCCCGAGCACCAUCGCUGCACUCGCCGUCCUCCGCGUCCACCUCGCCACUCAGUUCGCUGUCCCAGCCCCUCCCGGGGCCGGUGGGUUCCUCGGCCAUGACGCCUCCCCAGCAGCCGCCACCCCUGCGUUCAGAGCCGGGUGCACUGGGCUCUUCAGCCUCAUCCUACAGCCCCUUAGGUUUGAACGGUGUCCCCGGGAGCAUCUGGGACUUUGUUUCCGGCAGCUUCUCCCCCAGCCCCACCCCUAUCCUGAGCGCCGGCCCCCCAUCCUCUUCGGGUUCAAGUCCAAACGGGACUGAGCUGGCCCGGGUCAGACGGCAGCUGGACGAGGCCAAGAGGAAGAUCCGGCAGUGGGAGGAGUCCUGGCAGCAGGUGAAACAGGUCUGCGAUGCCUGGCAGCGAGAGGCACAGGAGGCCAAGGAACGUGCCCGCGUGGCCGAUAGUGACCGGCAGCUGGCGCUGCAGAAGAAGGAGGAGGUGGAGGCACAGGUGAAGCAGCUGCAGGAGGAGCUGGAGGGCCUGGGUGUAGCCUCCACACUGCCGGGGCUGCGGGGCUGCGGGGACAUCGGCACCAUUCCCCUGCCUAAGCUGCACUCGCUGCAGAGUCAGCUGCGCCUGGACCUGGAGGCGGUGGAUGGCGUGAUCUUCCAGCUCCGUGCCAAGCAGUGUGUGGCCUGCCGGGAGCGGGCCCACGGUGCCGUCCUGCGGCCCUGCCAGCACCGCGUCCUCUGUGAGCCGUGUGCGGCCGCCGCACCCGAGUGCCCCUACUGCAAGGGCCAGCCCCUGCGGUGGUGACCUCAGCGGGGACAGCCACCUCCUGCUGGGCACCCUGGCUCCAGCACUCGUGACCACAGACACAUCGUCACUCACCUCUGGUGCCACUGAUGUGAGGACCGAGGCUGGGAGCCCCCGCCUGCGCUCAGCUGUUAUCAUGAGGCUGGGAGCCCCCGCCCGCACUCGGCCCGACAGCUUUCCUGUCACACGUUGUCACCUAUCUAGUCCUACCGACGGUUUCAAGGUAUUUUCCUCAAAAACCUUAAAGGCAAACCCACAGAACCCGCCUGCCUGUCCUCGAGGGGCCUGGUGCCUCAGGGGUCCGCGUGGCACUGUGAUCGCAGCAGUUUGUGGUCCUGUGACUGGACCACUGGGAGCUGGGGUCUUUCAAAGCACUUUGUAAACCGAGGAAUUUAGAGGUUAUAAAUUGCUCUAAGCUGCUUUCUAUGUUGUUUUUUAAAUAUUCGAUAUGAAGCUUUAUAUGUGUACUGUGAACUUAAAUAUUUCGUAUCAGUUUAUUGUCAAUUCAUAGUAUGCUGAAUAUAUUAGAUUUCAUAUUCUGAAACUAGCACUUAAGAAAUGAGCGUUUAUCUAGUAGUAAGACCUAGGAUUUUUACAUUUUCCCAUUAAGUGCAUAGUAUUUAUAAGCAGAGUGAUUAUGGAUUUAGAUGUUUUUAACUUGAAGGAGCUCGUUUUCCCGAGCCUGUGUGCGCACAAGGCACUAGGGUUGAUAUUCCAGCCUCGGGACGUGGGAGCAGGAGAGCUCCAUCCUGCAUUUCUGUGAUCCGUGGCCGCUUUUCCUAUGCGCCUGUGCCUUGCUAAACAAGUGAAGGAGCAUCAUUGGGUUCGUUUUAUCCCUUGAACCUCUGAAAGACAGUUUGAUGCUAACGAAAAAUGCAGCAGAAGGGAUCAGACAUCAGAGGUUUUAGAAUUACUUUUUUAAGCAGCUGUCUUCUGGCCGGGCACGGUGGCUCACGCCUGUGAUCCCAGCACUUUGGGAGGCUGAGGCGGGUGGAUCACCUAAGGUCAGGAGUUUGAGACCAUCCUGGCUUACAUGGUGAAACCCUGUCUCUACUAAAAAUACAAAAAUUAGCCGGGCGUGGUGGCGGGCGCCUGUGGUCCCAGCUGCUCAGGGGGCUGAGGUAGGAGAAUCGCUUGAACCCAGGAGGCAGAGGUUGCAGUGAGCCAGGAUCACCCACUGCACUCCAGCCUGGGUGACAGAGUGAGACUCUGGCUCAAAAAAAAAAAAAAGCUGUCUUCUGAUUACUUAGAUCUGUCCUAGGCAAUGGUGCUUUGUGGCUCCUUGGAGACAUCACUGGGCGUCCUAUUGGGGGUCAGGCAGUGAACUGGGAGAGUGGCUGGCUCCCCAGCACCUGUGGCCACCCCCGUCCUGCUUGUGUGGGAGAUGCUCGAGCUGUGGUGUGCGCCAGGGUGCCGGGUGUAUGUGAGUCACCUGACCCGUACUGCCAGUUAGUAUCAGAGCUCAUCCAUGUGGCCAGCGAGGUCACACCAGGACCCAAUCACAGCCUUUUAGUGGCCUGGAGCACACGGGGGAAGUGGCCCCCCAAGGGGACGGCUCUGCUGAGUCCCCUGGCCUGUCUGACCCUGGAGCGAGAGCGUGGCUUCCGGCCGCAGCAGAAACGCGACUGAGAACGCGUCCCCGCAAUGACCUGACCCUUCUGCUCAGGGUGGGGACUGUCCCUAGGAGUUGAGGAGCAGGAACAGGCGUCUGUGAUUUACGGCGACCUGGCUCUCUGUGGGCCAUGUGGGUUGUGAGGGCACAAGAGCAGGCAGCAGCAUCAGCGUGUUCCUCCCUGCCCGUGGCUUUGCCAAAGACUUUUAAUAGCAUUUUUUAAAAGUGCAAAACGUCUAGGUAAAAAAUUUUUAUCAGUGACCAAAUUAGAAUGUAUUUAAUAUAGUAGGAGGUUUAAGAACUUUUUAAAUGUAAGACAAACUGAUAGCAACAUUCUAUCAUUUUAAAGGAAGUGGAUCCGUGACAUUCUGCAGCUAGUCCACUACUCCAGGUAACUAUCGACUUGGUUUUAGUGAAUCUAUUUUGUUUUUAAUUAUAGUGAUGAUUUAUUAGCUCAGUAUCUAGAAAUUACGUAUAUUUUGUGCUACUGUCAUCAAUGUGUAAAAUCCUCUGUUUUUAUUAUUUAUGCACUUGGUUCCCAUUUCGGGCCUCUGGUCUUUUCUGGGAUAUGGUGUCUGCCCAGACCUCUCCCGGUUGUCGGGAGCAGCGGAGCGCUCGUCUGCCGGCUGCUCUGCUCUUUCUGGGAACAGCGUGGCGGCUGCCCCUCAGGGCAUCCCCAUGGAUCAGCUUCUGGGGUGGUGGAGCUGGGAGCCCCAGGGGUUGGGGGACGGCGGAGACAUCUGCUCCCCCAUAUUUGUACUGGCUCUGAGGACAGGUGAGCAGUGGGAAGACCAAAGAAUGGCUGGCGGUGCUGCCAGGAUUAGAAAUGGAGGCAAGACCCUGGGGCUGCCCGCCCUGGGGCCUUCCUCACCCAUCUCGGUGGCCGAGGCACACAGCAGUGGCUGGAAGGUGCCCCGUGGAGGCAGGCCCAGCGGCUCCCACCUGUGGCCAUGGCUGGCACUGGGCAUAGGAGCCAGGUGGUGGCCGGUUGUGUGUGUGCUUGUUGCCUGUCUGUAACUCUAGUGUUCAACAUUAGCCGUGAAACAGUGACGUGUGUAACUGUGGUCAGCAGACCUUGUUCCGUGUGGACGCGUCACGUGGAUUAAUUUCUGGAAGCCUCGAUCUGUAUGUUUGAGUAUUUAGAUGAGAGUGUUGUUUGAGUGGAAUUUUAAUCCGGAAGGUAGGAUUUAUAAUCAUUUACUUGUAGUGAACUGUUUAAAGUUAACAACACUUGUUAAAUUUUUUUACACUAUAGCAUUUAUGCAAUGGUUUACAGAAUUCAUGGAAUUAUUUUUAUCAGUAUGGGAAUUAAUUAAAACCUUGAAUCUUU